UGUCGUUGUUCAUCCUCCGUCACUUGUUUUAGUUGAUAUAAAUCUAUCGCCAUCAUUAUUUUAUUUCUUUAUUUCUUUAUUUCUUUCUUUCCCACUCCUACUUUUGUUAAUAUGCCAAACUCACAUAUUGUUGAUGAAGCAGUUCAUCCUGACACUUAUCAUCGAGAUUUGAAACGUGUCAUUGCUAUUAGUAUUGAUGAAGGGUCAGCUGAUUAUGUUUAUCAUUGGGCUGUUAAUAACGUUAUUAAUCCUGCUACUGAUCUAGUUGUGUUUUUGAAUUGUAGACAAGCAGACUCUUUUAGUGAUGCGCCUAUUAUUAAUCCUGUUGGAUUUAUUGAAGAACUAGAUAGUACAAGAAAGAUUAAAAGUCAUCAAUUACUUAAAUCAUAUGCUGAUAGAUUAAAAGAUUCCAACAUUGCUGUAAGGGCUAUUGCACUUCUUGGUGAACCUAAAGUGGAAAUUGUACGUAAAGUAAAGGAACUCAAGGCUGAUAUACUUAUUAUGGGUUCACGACGUUUGGGUACAGUCAAGCGGGCUCUUUUAGGUAGCGUAAGUGAUUAUUGUAGUCACCAUUGUUCCUGUUCAGUCAUUAUUGUGAAAGCACAUCCUGAUCAUCCAGAGGGGAAACAUGAAAUGAAAAAUUUAUUUCAAAGAAAAUCUCAAUAAUUGAAAACAUUUUAUUUAAUCUUUACAAGUUACA